AUAUAUGACAUUUUGAAGAAAAUUUACUUGAAUUUUAAUGGCAAAAUCCAUCACUCUUCCUCUUCAUGGAUUCUCCUCCCAUUCAUCUUUCACUAGUUGCAUGUUGAGAAGGCACUACAAGGUACAAAAACCUCUAAUUUCUACACUCACUUCUCUGAGCUUGCAUUGUAUCUCAGCUUCUUCAAAGAAAUUGAGCAGCAGAGGAUUCCUUCAUCCACUGAGAAGUUCCUUUGAAGGGAUUCCAAGUGAAUUUGUAGAGGAUUCCAAAUUUGUUCCUUUGAAUGCUGAUGAUCCUGUUUAUGGUCCUCCUGCUCUGUUGCUAUUGGGAUUUGAAAUUGAUGAAACAAAUGAGAUUCAGAAAUUUUUGAAGGCCAUUGAUGGUGAGUUUAUGAAGAUUAUUCAUUGCACCGAAGAAAUGCUCAAUCAAUCAGUUUGGGAUGCAGUAAACACAGAACAACCUAGUUUAGAAGCUGUUAAGAUUGCUAAAUCAUUGCCAAGAAUAUGUCUUCUUUCUGGUUUAAGCGGCGAGGAGAUGAUGAUGUUUAUUGACGCAUUUCCUGAAACUGGAUUGAAAGAAGCUGUUUUUGCAGCAGUUGUUCCCAAUAGUGCAGAUAAACUUCUCAGUGAAGUUGUAGAAGAGAUCAUGGGGGAUCAUGAAAUGCUGUCUGCUCAGAACUCAAGCUGAAACAGGAAGCUAGACAAUUGCAGAAACAAAAAAAUCCCGUUUAUCUUAUCACCGAAUAGCUUCGACGCAGAAUGCCAUUUAGAUAUGAUAUGAUAGUCUAAGUAGUCUAUGUUUCCGUGAUAAAAAGAAUCAUUUGUACAUGAUUCUGUUUGACAGAAAAACAAAGAGUUUAAUGAGAUCUCUGGUUAUUAGAA